CCACAAGACUGCAACGAGCAUAAAGAACUCCGACAGCAAGAAGAGAUGGGAGAGAGGGGUCGAGCAACCAAUCGAAAACGUUGACAAGAGAUGAGGAUUGACGACGACACCCUCCCCAGGCGCUAGCAGACACACAACACACUUCGUAUAUGCUUCGGGAAUCUCGCGUUAUUCUUCUUCUUCUUCUUCUUCUUCUUUCUGAACUUUGUUUUUUGUUCAUGAAGCUCUCUGAGAAAGAGUCGCUCUAACAACUAUGGCCGUUGUUCCUCAAAAUGCCCUUCUUCUCUUAACCAAUAAAGACAAAACCUCCUCCUCGUCUCCUAGCUUCGUCUUCAACCUUCACUCCCACAGCUCCCUCCUCUUUCACUCUGUAAAGCCUUCAACCUCUCUUUCUUCUUCUUCCCCGUCGUGUUGCCGAAUCCCCCGCGUCUCCACCGCCCCUGUCGAGUACGCGCCGCCAGCGCCGGACUUCGAUUUUCACCAAGAAAUUGCACGCCUCCGUGCUCUCUGCUCCAGGCUUGCCAAUUCCAGAGGCUUAAACGAUAAACUUCGAGUUAUCGACUCUGAUUCCAGAGUCCAGCGAUUUUUCGGCGCGCAUAAGAAUGGAGUUUCUAGGGUUUUCGAGUCUCUAAACAGGGAUAAAUACGAGUUGUUUCUGCUCAAAUGUGUGGUCGCCGCGGGACAGGAGCAUGUGUUGGGUUCCGUUUCCGAGGUGAUCGACGGUGAGUUUGAGUCUGCCAGAGGCUCAUUGAAGCGCGCUCUCCAUUCUUUGGUUGAAAUGAUUGAGAAGUUGGAUGUGAGGGGCGGUGGGGGAUGGAAGAAGGCUGAUGAGAGUUUGAAGGGCGAGGAAGAAGAGGUUAAGACCUUGAGAACAUUGCUGAAGACACUGCGAGAGAUGGAGCACUUCUAUGACUGCAUUGGUGGAAUCAUUGGAUAUCAGAAAACAGUGCUAGAGCUUCUUGCUGAAGCAAUGACACAUGAGGGAAAAAUGACCCAGGGCAUCAAUAAAUCAAUGGGAUUCCAAUUCAUGGAAAUUCAUCCUCCGAGUGUACUUGACCUUUCAAAAGAUACAGAGUACGCAUCCCAAGCAGCUAUCUGGGGAGUUGAGGGUUUGCCAGACCUAGGUGAGAUUUAUCCUCUUGGAGGUUCUGCAGACAGGCUUGGUUUGGUAGACCCUGAGACAGGUGAAUGUCUCCCUGCUGCAAUGCUUCCUUUUUGUGGACGAACAUUAUUGGAAGGGUUGAUAAGAGAUCUUCAGGCUAGAGAGUUUUUGUAUUUCAAGUUGUAUGGAAUUCAAUGCAUCACCCCUGUUGCAAUGAUGACGAGUUCUGCAAAGAGGAACCAUGAACGCAUCACAUCACUUUGCAAAACACUUCAGUGGUUUGGAAGAGGUCGAUCACAGUUUCACCUCUUUGAACAGCCUCUUGUUCCAACUGUCAGUGCAGAAGAUGGCCAAUGGCUUGUCACCAGAAAAUUCAUGCCUUUAUGCAAGCCCAGUGGUCAUGGUGCAAUAUGGAAACUUGCACAUGAUAAAGGUGUUUUUGAAUGGUUUUAUGAACAUGGCAGAAAAGGUGCAACUGUCAGACAAGUCAGUAAUGUUGUGGCUGCUACAGAUUUUACACUUCUGGCACUGGCGGGUAUUGGUCUGCAUUAUGGGAAGAAAUUGGGGUUUGCUUCUUGUAAGCGGAACUUGGGUGCUACAGAAGGAAUAAACGUUUUAAUUGAGAGAAAGAAUCCAGAUGGGAUGUGGGAAUAUGGUUUGUCAUGCAUUGAGUAUACCGAGUUUGAGAAGUUAGGGAUCACCAAUAGCUUGCAGGCAAGGUUCCCUGCCAAUACGAACAUUCUGUAUGUGGAUUUGCCUUCUGCUGAGCUUAUUGGCUCUCACAAUGAUGAAACCAGUUUGCCAGGCAUGGUGCUCAAUGUAAAGAAGAAAAUUACAUAUAUGGAUCAGUUUGGAUUCCGGCAUUGUGUUUCUGGUGGACGGCUGGAAUGCACAAUGCAAAACAUAGCUGACAACUUCUUCAGUUUAUAUUCAUCUCCGUGUUUCAAAGGUGUUGAAGAACAUGUGUUGGAUACCUUUAUUGUGCAUAAUGAACGGAGAAAGGUUACGUCUUCUGCUAAGAAGAAAAGAAGACACAGUGACAAGUCUUUACAACAGACUCCAGAUGGUGCAGUAUUGGAUAUAAUGCGCAAUGCUUAUGACCUUCUGUGCCACUGUGGUAUAAAGAUUCCGAAGAUUGAAGAUAAUGACAAGUAUGCUGAUUCUGGACCCCCGUUUCUGAUCUUCCUUCAUCCUGCUUUGGGCCCACUUUGGGAAGUCACCAGGCAAAAAUUUCAUGGAGGUUCCAUUUCUGAGCAUUCUGAGUUACAGUUAGAGGUUGCUGAGUUCUUGUGGAGAGAAGUUCAGUUAGAUGGAAGUUUGAUAGUUUUGGCUGAAAAUAUCCUGGGCUCAAUGAACCCUGCUGAAAAUGGUGAACCCAUACUACAGUAUGGGUACAGGUGUGGAAGAUGCAAGUUACAAAAUGUCAAAGUACGCAAUGAGGGAAUUGAUUGGAGUUCAGAAGAGAAUAUAUACUGGAGGCAUCAGGUGCAUAGACUUGAGGCACUAAAGAUUGUACUGCAUGGAAAUGCUGAAUUUGAAGCCACUGAUGUAGUCAUACAGGGUAAUCACAUAUUUGAAGUUCCAAAUGGCUACAAAAUGAAGAUCACAUCAGGAAAAACAGGUUUAGCAGUCCAGUUAAACCCUAUUGAAGAAAAUUUGAUGAAUAGUGGAAGCUGGUUCUGGAACUACUUAAUAAAGGGCACACAAAUUGUCUUGGAAUUUAUGGAGUUACAAGACUAACUAGAUCCCCGAUGUUAUGUGAACCAUGGUUCUCAAAUGAGUCGGGAGCUCGCUGCCAGAUUGGUGAUCUCUUCUUGGUUGAACAGAAGUUGAACCUUACCUACACCGGAUAUUUCUGUGCAAUAAUAUCUUAGUGUGAGACAGUAAGAUUGACAGGUUAUCAGCUGUAAUUUGUGUAAGUUAGAUGUGUGUUAGAGCUCAAGUAAUAGGUGUAUUCCAAUUCUCCUUUGGUAUGCCCCACUUCAUGUAAAAUUGAUGAUGUCCCACUUCAACAUGUAGAUAGCAAAUUUUCUUUCAGCUUCAAUAAGUUGUCUAUUCUUUGUUGUAAUUUACCAUUUCUGCAUCUGCACCUUAUCAUUAUCAAAAUAACUGGAGUAAAGCUAUUCUGCUUUCAGAACA